UGCCUCGUCCGCGUUUUAAAGAGCAGCCAUAAGCUGAUAGUAGCAGAGAGUUGAAAGAUAAAAAAAUGGCAGCGAGAAUAAACCAGUCGCUCUUAACCCCUUUAUAUUCUAUUACUAGAAGGUCAAGAACAAAUACCCAUGUCCAGACUCGUAUUAGUUUCCCUCCAAAUCUCUUCCUUUCUUCUUCUAAAUCAAGAAAGGCUGCGUUUUGCACUUAUAGUAUUAGCAAUGACAAUCGUAAAAACGACGAAGCAGGGACAGCUGAAACAUUUGUCCUCACAACUCCGCUUUAUUACGUGAAUGCCCCUCCUCAUAUGGGUAGUGCCUAUACCACCAUCGCUGCUGAUGCCAUAGCUCGAUUUCAGAGACUUUUAGGGAAGAAAGUUAUAUUUGUUACUGGCACUGAUGAGCAUGGAGAGAAGAUUGCUACUGCUGCAGCUGCCUGUGGCGCUAGCCCAAGUGAGCACUGUGAUGUCAUAUCACAAGCUUACAAGACACUUUGGAAAGAUUUAGAAAUUGCUUAUGACAAAUUUAUUCGGACAACUGAUCCCAAGCAUGAAGCAAUUGUCAAGGAAUUUUAUUCUAGAGUUCUUGCCAAUGGGGAUAUUUAUCGCGCUGACUAUGAGGGACUAUACUGUGUCAACUGUGAGGAGUAUAAGGAUGAGAAGGAUCUGCUUGAUAACAAGUGUUGUCCCGUGCACCUAAAGCCAUGCAUUCAGCGGAAAGAGGAUAAUUAUUUCUUUGCCUUGUCAAAGUACCAAAAGCUAUUAGAAGAAACAUUGACAGAGUGUCCAAAUUUUGUGCAGCCUUCAUUCCGUUUGAAUGAGGUGCAAAGCUGGAUUAGAAGUGGCUUGAAAGAUUUUUCAAUUUCCCGAGCAUCAGUGGAUUGGGGCAUUCCAGUUCCUAAUGACAAUAAGCAGACCAUAUAUGUUUGGUUCGAUGCAUUACUAGGCUACAUAUCAGCUCUAUCGGAGGACAACAAACAACCUAAUUUACAAAGUGCUGUUUCUUCUGGUUGGCCUGCUUCACUACAUUUGAUUGGGAAGGAUAUUUUACGUUUCCAUGCAGUUUAUUGGCCAGCUAUGCUAAUGUCUGCUGGUCUAGGUCUUCCUAAGAUGGUGUUUGGACAUGGAUUCUUGACAAAGGAUGGCCUGAAGAUGGGAAAGUCAUUGGGGAAUACACUUGAACCAAAUGAGUUGAUUGAGAAAUUUGGGCCUGAUGCAGUCAGGUACUUUUUCCUCAGAGAGGUGGAGUUUGGCAGUGAUGGGGACUACUCAGAAGAGCGUUUUGUUAACAUUGUCAAUGCACACCUUGCCAAUACUAUUGGAAACCUUCUUAACCGCACUCUUGGACUUCUUAAAAAGAAUUGUCAAUCAACUUUGGUGGUUGAUGCAGCUAUUGCAGCUGAAGGAAAUGCAUUCAAGGACAAUGUUGAAAAGUUGGUUGAAAAGGCUCGGAUUCAUUAUGAAAAUCUCUCUUUGUCAUUGGCUUGUGAGGCUGUUCUUGAGAUUGGUAAUGCUGGAAAUGGCUACAUGGAUGAACGCACUCCAUGGUCUCUUUUUAAGAAAGGGGGUGCUGCUUCUGAAGCUGCUGCAAAGGAUCUGGUGAUUAUAUUGGAAGCAAUGAGAAUUAUAGCGAUUGCUUUAUCCCCUGUUGCGCCAAGUUUAUCCUGGAGAAUUUAUGCACAGCUUGGCUACUCACAGGACCAUUUCAACAGUAUAACAUGGAGUGAGACCAAGUGGGGAGGGCUGAAGGGUGGUCAGGUCAUGGCUCAACCUAAACCAGUCUUUGCAAGGAUUGAGAACAAAACAGAAACAGAAGAUGGUGAAGCAACAAGUAAGAAGUCUGUGAAAAACAAGGAAAAAAAACCUCGAGCUCAAGUUGUUGCAGAAGCUUAGAAAUCCCUUUUGGAAUAAACUUUUCCUUCCCUAUAUCCACACCCCUUUUUAACCUCCUUGUACCUUCAUUAUAAAAUUUUUCUUCUCAUUGAGAAACAGGUAAAUAAUUUGAAAUUUAUAGCUCAAUUAACUGCUUUAUAAUCCAAACAUUCCUUGGAAUUCAUACUGCUGCACCAAUGAGCAGCUUUGGGGCUUUGAUUGUGAUACUGAGACCGUUGGUAGAAUCGCUAUGUACUCCUUCAAUUGAA